CGGACGAGCGCUGGCAGUUCCGCGGCGGGGAUGCUGAGCGGCGCCGGGUCCGUGAGCAGCCCCGGCCACUGCGGACGUCCGAGGCACUCCGGGCCCUGAGAACCCCUUCGCUGCCGCCACUUCGGGGGCUCCCGAGGCCGUUCACUGUCCCAGAAGCCAGACAGGGUCGGGAAGAGUCCAGCGCCGCACCGGCCGCGCUUCGGCUCGCGAGUGUCCUGGAACCCCCGAGAGACACCGCGGGGUUCUCGAGCCUCCCCGGCGGCCCCCAACCCCGGCCUCCUGCGCGCGUCCGUGCACAACCCCCUCCGGCGCCCGGGUCCUGGCGCACACCAUGAUCGUUGCAGACUCCGAGUGCCGUGCCGAGCUCAAGGGCUACCUGCCGUUCGCCCGGGACGGCGGCGGCGGCCCGGGCGCAGGGCAGGAGCAGAGCGAAAGCCGGGCCCGGCAAGGCCCUCGUGGGCCCAGCGCCUUCAUCCCGGUGGAGGAGGUGCUUCGGGAGGGAGCUGAGAGCCUGGAGCAGCACCUGGGGCUGGAGGCGCUGAUGUCUUCAGGACGGGUGGACAACCUGGCGGUGGUGAUGAGCCUGCACCCUGACUACCUUAGCAGCUUUUGGCGCCUGCACUACCUGCUGCUGCACACGGACGGGCCCCUGGCAAACUCCUGGCGCCACUAUAUUGCCAUCAUGGCUGCCGCCCGCCACCAGUGUUCCUACCUCGUGGGCUCCCACAUGACCGAGUUUCUGCAGACUGGCGGUGACCCGGAGUGGCUGCUGGGCCUCCACCGGGCCCCUGAGAAGCUGCGCAAACUCAGCGAGAUCAACAAGCUCCUGGCGCAUCGGCCGUGGCUCAUCACCAAGGAGCACAUCCAGGCCUUGCUGAAGACGGGAGAGCACAGCUGGUCCCUGGCCGAACUCAUCCAGGCCCUGGUCCUGCUCACCCACUGCCACUCGCUGGCCUCCUUCGUCUUUGGCUGUGGCAUCCUCCCCGAGGGAGACCCAGAUGGCAGCCCUGGCCCCCAGGCCCCUUCACCCCUCAGUGAGCAGAGCAGCCCCCCAAGUGGGGACACACUGAACAACUCUGGGGGCCUGGAGGCCGCGCGCGACGUGGAGGCGCUGAUGGAGCGCAUGCGGCGGCUGCAGGACAGCCUGCUGCGGGACGAGGGCACGUCCCCGGAGGAGAUGGAGAGCCGCUUCGAGCUGGAGAAGUCGGAGAGCCUGCUGGUGGCCCCGGCAGCUGACAUCCUGGAGCCCUCUCCACACCCAGACACGCUGUGCUUUGUGGAAGACCCUACUUUCGGGUACGAGGACUUCACCCGGCGUGGGGCCCAGGCGCCCCCCACCUUCCGCGCCCAGGAUUACACCUGGGAAGACCACGGCUACUCGCUGAUCCAGCGCCUGUACCCCGAGGGUGGGCAGCUGCUGGACGAGAAGUUCCAGGUGGCCUGUAGCCUCACCUACAACACCAUCGCCAUGCACAGCGGCGUGGACACCUCCGUGCUCCGCAGGGCCAUCUGGAACUACAUCCACUGCGUCUUUGGCAUCAGGUAUGAUGACUACGAUUAUGGGGAGGUGAACCAGCUCCUGGAGCGGAACCUCAAGGUCUACAUCAAGACGGUGGCCUGUUACCCAGAGAAGACCACCCGCCGAAUGUACAACCUCUUCUGGAGACACUUCCGCCACUCAGAGAAGGUCCACGUGAACCUGCUGCUCCUGGAGGCCCGCAUGCAGGCCGCCCUGCUCUAUGCCCUCCGUGCCAUCACCCGCUACAUGACCUGACUGCCUCCUGCGUGGGACCUGCACGUGGAGCAGCUGACUCGGGGGCCAUCCUCCUCCCUGCCAGGACUUCUGUGUCUGGAGACAGCGCCAGAGCCCAUCCCCCGACACUGGGCUUGGCUUGUGUGUGAUGUGCAGCCCCUGAGCCACACCCUCCUUUUCCUCACUGGAAUGGAUAGCAUCUUUGCACUGACUCCGGGGAUCUCAGCUCUGCCUCUGGGAGCUGGAAGGGGACUAGGGGACCCCAAGGGGCUGUGCCCUUCCUCCUUUCCCUGCUCCUAAAGGAAGGAAAAUGGGUCCAGCUCAAACCUGUGGGCCAGUAGGCUGUGUCCCAGACUCCCCAGGUGCUGGGACUUCCUGGACUGGGAGCUCCCUGGCUGGCCCCCACGGGAGAGGGGCACACACCUCCAGGGACUGACACUCCAGGCAGCUUUGCCUUCCCUUCCUCCUCAUUCCAGAGUUCAUUACCUCCUACCUGUUCUUCACCCAUCAAUGUGAAAGGUCACAGCUGGCCUGUGUCCGGUUCCCCCAAAUCCUGUUCUGUUGGGCAACCUGAGGGUGCCUUGCUCCUUGGUUGCCUGGUCCUGGUUGAAUUAUUUGGACCUCCUUCACUCUAACCUUUUCCUCCCAUACCUGGCGGUGGGAAGCCCCAGGAGAGAGGCCAAGCACAUCAACAAGGCCGGUCAUCUCUGCUCGUCCCGGUGCCUUCUAGAGGGGGGCGAGGAUUAGGUUAGAAAUUCUGUUUUCUUGGGUCCUCUAUGGUUGACGUUCUCACCCCAGUAGGGCCUCCCCAAUGGCACUGCGGUCAGUGCCCGAGAGGAGGGGGAGAGAGGUUCUGUUCUCUGAGCUGCGCCUGUCUUGCAGAGGUUGCCACCUGCUCCCACCACCAGUGGCUUUGCUGUGGAUUUGCCAAGAAACUGGGCCUUUCAGGGUGGCUUAAGUGGCACUGUGGCCCAGUAUGAGAGGCAGGAGGCUCUUAGUUGGGCCCUGUCACUAGCCAGAUGGCCAUGGCCACAUUGCCAAACCCCUUUGACCACCAGAGUUGCAGACGGAAGCGUGAGUCUGGGUCCCCCAUGUCUAGUGCUCCCCCUUGGGAUGCCUACCUGCCCACAUCUGAUUUCCUUGCAAGAUCCUGAAGGCGUCUGGAGACCCCUCUCCUGCAGUCAGUCAGUGUCUCCUAGCUGCCUUCCAAAGACCCUGGCCCCUUCCCGGUGCCCCGUCUGUCCCCUCUCCAGGAGUUUAGGUGGAUUGCUUGGAGGCAAAAGCAGCCAGGGACAGACCCCAAGCACUUUCUGUAGCACAUGACUGUGAACUUCUCUCGCCCUUCUCCUAGCAGCAGGUGCCUCUCAGACUGGGUGGGGGGUGACCAGGAAAGGCAGGGCCCUCAUGCCUCUGCUUGGAGCCUGGCCAGUGUGCCACAUUGCAUGCCCGUGCUGGCACGGGGACAUGACUGGCAUCCCCUUCAGGCCUGAAAACCCUCCCUACAAAGAAGGUGGGCAAGAGGUAAGGGGCCCCCUGCAAGGGGGGUUGGAUUUCCAGAGGGGACGUCCCCUGGGAGGGUGGAGAGGGGGAGGGCUAUCCAGUGUUCAAGUGCAGUCACCUUUGACUUUGCUACCAGUUCCGUUUGAUGAGAAAUAAAAGUCCGCCAAGGUUUUGUUUUGUACUCCU